AGUUCCCCUAACCGCCUCCACCUCUCUACCUCCGUAUCUUUCUCUCCUCACUUACUCCCCUAAUAAAAUAUCUGAGACUAAAUAUAUUCGCAGAGAAACAAAAGUACUGAGCGUAAACAAUGGCCGUACACAGAAUCGAAAAAACGGAUCUAUGGAAAAGCAAGGCCCGCGUAUUACAGCUCCGGUUCAAAGACCGAUUCCGAGUGGCGGUGGACCGUCACCGACAACGAUCUCCGAUAUUCUCUGGAUAUUAUUUCUCGUCGACGGUCCAGCGGUGGAUCACUCGCUUCCAUGAGUUUCGUCAAGGUUCUUUGCAGUCUUCUUCCGCAUUUUAUCGUAAAACAGUUGGUAAAGAAUUUGAUGCUGAAGAAGAAUCUUUAAUUCUUCGCAUGCUUCAGUCCGUUGCUGUUCCACUCAUUGGAAAUGUCUGUCAUGUGUUUAUGAAUGGACUUAAUCGAGUUCAGGUGUUUGGAUUAGAGAAAUUGCAUGAUCCGUUGCUUAAUAGGCCCAAGAGUAAGCCUCUAUUGACGGUGAGCAACCAUGUUGCUGCUGUAGAUGAUCCGUUUGUUAUUGCUUCAUUGCUUCCUCCAACAGUACUACUGGAUGCUCAGAACAUAAGAUGGACUCUUUGUGCUAGUGACCGUUGUUUCCGUAAUCCUGUUACUUCUGCUUUUUUUCGAUCUGUCAAAGUAUUGCCCGUUGAUCGGGGUGAAGGAAUUUAUCAGAAAGGAAUGGAUAUGGCUAUUGCAAAGCUCAAUAGUGGUGGAUGGGUUCAUAUUUUCCCCGAAGGUAGUCGGUCUCGUGAUGGUGGCAAAACUAUGGGGUCUUCAAAAAGAGGGGUUGGGAGGUUGAUCCUUGAUGCUGAUACUGUCCCUGUGGUCAUUCCAUUUGUUCACUUGGGGAUGCAGGAAAUCAUGCCUAUAGGAGCCAACUUCCCUCGGGUUGGCAAGACGGUUACGGUGCUUGUUGGUGAUCCAAUCCUUUUUGACGAUUUGCUCAACGCAGAAGGCAAAGAGCAAGUAUCAAGAGGUAAACUAUACGAUGCCGUUGCUUCACGAAUCGGAAGUCGACUACUUGAACUGAAAAUCAAAGUUGAAAGCUUAGCAUUGGAACAGUCUCUGGAGCAUCCAUUUCCUACUGCAACAGAAAAAGCAGCUGAAAUGGUGCAACGGGUUGAUUGGGAUUCAUUUGGCAUGGGAAGCCAUGAGUUUACUGAAAAUAACACAUCAGAAUCUCAUCAAGUCCUACCAAACCGAAACAUUAGAUCUCAGCAGGAGUCCAUUGCUUCUGAUGAGUGUUUGAGAACGAGAUCCUCCUAUAUCAUUUCAAAGAUGCACGGUUUCAUGGACUCGACCGAGCUACUUGGUUUCGCAGCCAAGGGUGUUUUUACAAGCAUUAGGACAAAAGAAAAUAAACCUAGCUUAGAAAAUUUAAGUCCAUUGAGGGCCUGGAGACGAUACUUGGAAGCGUAUUUGCUACGACAGUGUGAUAUCUGCUAACCGUACUAGGAAGGCAAUGUUGCUCAAAAUUUUGAUGUUACAUUUUUGUAAAUAAUACAAAAGGCUUUAAUAAAACGAGGUUUUUUGAUUGAUA